AUGUCUACCACUCAAGUGAAGAAGCUGGAACUGCCUGCAUCCAAGGCGCAUGUCUUCUACCGCGAGGCUGGCUCCGAGUCAGCCCCGGUCAUCCUCCUUCUCCACGGCUUCCCUUCGUCCUCGCACCAGUAUCGCAACCUAAUUCCGAUCCUCGCUCCAAAGUAUAGGGUCAUUGCACCAGACCUUCCUGGUUUUGGUUUUACCGAACUUCCGGAAGGCUUUCAGUACACUUUUGAUGCACUGGCUGGUGUCAUUUCCGAGUUCCUCGAGGUACUAUCCAUCAAGAAGUACUCUAUUUUCAUAUUCGACUACGGCUCCCCGGUUGGCUUGCGCCUAGCUCUUAAGAACCCUGAUGCUGUACAGUCGAUCAUCACGCAGAAUGGCAACGCCUACGAAGCCGGCCUUGGUGAAUUCUGGGACCAGAUUCGGGAGCUCUGGACCAGCAACAACGAUCCAGCCGUUAGGUCAAAGCUAGCAGCCGGGCUACUAAGCCUUGAGGCCACAAAAUGGCAGUACGAAGAAGGAACGACAGGCCUUGUGGCACCGGAGUCUUACUCCUUGGAUUAUGCGCUGCUUCAACGACCUGGAAACGCGGAGAUUCAACUCGACCUGUUCUGGGACUAUCGGAACAACCUCACGCUGUACCCCAAGUUUCAUGAAUACUUUCGAUCUUCGCAGGUCCCGUUGCUGGCUGCGUGGGGGAAGCACGAUCAGAUCUUCAUUCCUGCCGGAGCAGAAGCAUUCGAGAAGGACUUGCCCAAGGCAGAGGUGCAUCUCCUGGACGCGGGUCACUUUGCCAUCGAAACUGAGACUAAAGAGAUUGGCGGGUUGAUCUUGGACUUUUUGGCUCGUAAUGGGAUUUGA